UCCCCCACGGUCUCAAGCCAACAUUACUCUGUAAGCACCGUGGCACCGUGCAGUUACCCGAGUCUCCGACCCCUCGGCCGACAUCGUUGCCAGAACCUGGAACUCAACUGGCUUGGCCUCGCACACCGCUCUCUCACCUGGCUGCCGUCCGGUGCCAUCGCCCCGCGCGCAUUGCUGGCAGCACUCCGACCCACCGCCAACAAUAGCACAGGCGUCAAGCAACACCCAGUUACCCGAGCCUUGCUUGGCCUAUCACUCACACUCCCACUACAUUGUCCGCAGUGCGGUCUCACACUCUCUGGACAAGCUCAGUCGCAGACCCAACCCCGACGGCCCCGACACACGCCCAAAACCGAGUCCACGUAUGCUCCCACAAGCAAGACGAGUCUAGACUGCUCGGCCAGCACAAGCUUGAAGCACACCACACCACAGCUUCUCGUCCCUCCAUCCCAAAACACGUCGCACAACAACAUGUCCUGA